GCUUUACACCUUCAUCUUCAAACCACCUUUUUAACAAAAAUAUUUGAUCCAAAACAAGCUCUGAGAACUGGAAAAUGGGUUCACAAACUCCAGCCAAAGCCACCCUUUUUCUUGCAAUGAACCUUCUCUGCUUUGUUUUAACCACCGCGUGUGGAGGAGGAACCUGCGGUAACCCUUCACCACCGGCAACCGGUGGUGGACCUGGUGGUGGUCAGUCGGCAACUUGUCCUAGGGAUGCCUUAAAACUAGGCGUCUGCGCCAAUCUAUUAGGAGGAUUAGUGGGAGUGGUGGUUGGCAGCCCUCCCACCAUCCCUUGCUGCACCUUGCUGGCGGGAUUGGCCGACCUCGAGGCGGCUGUUUGCCUUUGCACCGCCAUUAGAGCCAACGUGCUAGGAAUCAAUCUGAAUAUCCCAAUUUCUCUCAGCCUACUUCUCAAUGUGUGUGGAAGGACUCCUCCUACUGGCUUCACUUGUGCUUGAUUCACCAAUCUUCUCUUAAUUUCUACAAAUGAGACAUAUAAUCUCAUAAUCUUGCAAUGUCUUAAAUUAAAAAAGAAAAUUGUGUUAUGUUGUACUUGUCUUGUGUUUUAUUUACAUGUAAUUGGAGUUGUGCUCUUGAUUACCAUUCCUCUCAAAAUAUAAAUAAAUAUAUCGGCCACUGAAUUGAGGGCCACUUUUAUAUA